AUGGGAUAUGAAGGCAACAAUGGUCCGAGGAGGUACAACCUUCAAAAGGAUAUUAACUUCGUCCAACAAGGUGACCUUGACUUAAAAGAAUACUAUUCAAAGGUGAGAUUUCUGUGGGAUGAGAUGAUGGGGUUAAAACCUCUAAGAAGAUGCAGAUAUAAAAGAAUUCGAGUUAAUUGUGAUGGAUGCUUUCUUGAAGCAGAAAUGCUUCAAGAUGAUGAAGAACUUAAGCUUUUUCAAAUUUUGAUGGGGCUUGAUGAUAAAUACGAGUAUAUCAUAGAUCAAAUACUCAUGCAAGAUCAAUGGCCAGACGUUUAUAAAUCACUUACAAUGCUUCAAAAUGUCGAAAAGAGGACCGGACAAAAGAGGUUUCAAGAAUAUGCAAUGGUGAUAAAAGAAGAAGGCGAAAGAGUUUAUCAUCCUCCAAACAAGAAUAAGAGUGCAAGCUGCACACACUGUGGAGGCAAAGGUCACAUGAAUGAUGAUUGCUUUAAGUUGAUUAGAUAUUCAAAAUGGUGGAAACAACCAAAAUAUAAUGUGAUCAAGAAAAAACUAUCAACUUCCAUUCAUGCCACUACUGAAUACAAGAUGUAUAAAUAG